GCAAUUUCUUCAGUUGCAGUUGAAGAAUCCCAAGAGAAAGACCCAACUCUUCCUUUCGGGAACCAGCAGCGCAAGUUACGAAGUAGGUAACGGAUACCCUAAAGAGGAGAAUAAUGAUGAUAACGGUUUUUCUUCGGAACAAGAACGCAAAGCACUUCUCAGAGGAGGGGAACAAGUCAUCUCUGUUCUCGAAGAAAUGGUCACCCUUUUGGAAGAUAUGAAUAUGGAUGAAGAAUCUGAAAAAGUGGCAGUGGAAUUGGCUGCACAAGGAGUAAUUGGAAAGAGGGUUGAUGAGAUGGAAUCAGAUUUUAUGAUGGCCCUCGAUUACAUGAUCCAGCUCGCUGAGAAGGACGAAGAUGAUAAGCGCAAGUCACUGUUGGAAGUUAUCAAGGAGACUGUAUUAUCACAUCUGACAAAAAAGUGUCCGCCACAUGUUCAAAUUAUUGGUCUUCUAUGUAGAACUCCCCAAAAAGAAAGUAGACAUGAAUUAUUACGCCGUGUUGCAGCUGGUGGUGGUGUAUUCAAAGGAAAAGAUGAAUUAAAGAUUCAUAUCCCAGCGGCAAAUCUAAAUGACAUAGCUAACCAAGCUGAUGACAUAUUAGAGACAAUGGAAACUCGUCCUGUUGUCCCCGAUCGAAAACUUCUUGCAAGGCUUGUUUUAAUUAGAGAAGAAGCACGGGAUAUGAUGGGAGGGGGAAUUUUGGAUGAAAGAAAUAAUCGUGGAUUAUAUACUCUUCCUGAGCCGGAGGUGAACUUCUUAGCCAAACUAGUGGCUUUAAAACCCGGAGAUACUGUGCUUGGCAUGAUAAGAAAUGUAAUGCAAGGAAAAGAUGAAGGUGCCGACAACGCUGGUAAUGAUUAUGAAGGAAAUGCUGAAAGGGUGAAUGCGACAGGAAGGAAGUCGCAUCCAGUACGUCCUGGCAUGUUUCUUGAGACUGUCUCCAAGGUCUUAGCUGGUAUAUAUACUGGAACUGAGUCUGGCAUCACUGCACAGCAUCUUGAAUGGGUUCAUAGAAAGACACUUCAAGUUCUUCAAGAGAUAGCAUUUAAUUAGUAGUACCUUUAUUUUUAUAAGAUCGCCAACUUUGUAGCCUUAUGUAAAGACAUGGUAGGUUGUCUAUAUGAUAGCUCAGGAACCUUUGUAAAGUGGUAAGUUCAUCAAUUUUUGUGUGCUUUGGAAUCUUUGGUUCAUCUAAUGAUCAAUAUUAACUUUGCAUAAUUUAUGCUACCCAGUUUA